GUCAUUGCCGAAUCCUCAGCAGAUUCAGCCUGAUUGAUCAUAAUGAGUUUGGGGAGCUCAAACAUGGCUGGAACUGCACUGGGAACGGCCUUCUCCCUCCUCCUCUGUACCUCUAUUAUACAAGGGCUCCAGGAUGUUGAGAUAGCCCAUGAUGAAACGACAGAAGCAGUGGUGGGCCAGAACGUUACCUUAUCCUGUAUUGUGAAAAGCCCUUCUGAGCUCAAGAUUGUCAACAUUGAAUGGAGUAAGCAAAAGAAUGAAAACAGAGAAAAUACAAAGCUGGUUCUGUAUAGCCAUCGUUUUGGAUUCCAUCCAUUUUGGCCUAAUGUCACUAUACAGAUUGAGAACGAUGAUUCAAACAUGUUGAAGGGCUCCUAUCUACACCUUCCUACGGUGGAGAAAUGGGACAGUGGCAUCUAUGUUUGUGAUAUUGCAACUUUUCCUUUUGGCUCCAUGAUGGCAAAGACGGAGCUAAAGAUCAAAGAUCGUGUUAAAAUAAUGUGCGAUGUGGAUAGCACUGUUGAUGUCCAUAGUGGAGAAAAUGUGACCAUUCACUGCGGAGUCUGCCCUAAUGCUCAGUACAGGUGGACCAAGAACAAGAAGCUGGUGUCAGAGAAUGAAUCUCUGGAGCUCUGGUGGGUGACCACUGCUCACGCAGGGGUUUACACGCUGACUGUCAACACAGGAAAUGAAAGUCUGCAUAAAGAGUUUACCAUCACAGUGCUAUCAGCAACCACAAGCUUGAUGAGAGAUCACGCAACAGUGUCACCACGGUUUCAUGUAACCGAAGAGGGUUUGCCGGAACCUGCAGACAGUGGGCGCACCACAUCACCGACUACUGGGCUUUCAACCACCGACACCGAUGUAACCUGGACCAUGAGUCCGGGUACCGAUGUGACAGAUGAUAAUCCAACCCCCAGCAAUGUUACAAUCACAGCUGGAGAGCAUAUAAACUCUUCUACAAAUUAUACACAUGUCAAUGUCACACCAUCCCCUGCCAUGCACACUGACCCCUAUCACUUAGGGGUCUCUUCUACAAGUAUAAGUUACGGUAGUACAGGGUUCAGAUCAACACAGGAAAUAACCAGUGGUGAAACGAGGAACAGGUCCGUGCCACAUACAGUGCCCCCAGAGGGCAUGUCCUCGAUCAGGCCAGAGGAGUCCAGCACCAUGGGAAACAAUACAGAAAAGGAUGAAAGUCCUGGUGCAACCCUAAGGCUGAACACUGGACGUGGAACAGUGGCUGGAGAUGCCGUACGGAGUCAUCUGGAGGUGUUAACCGUCGUUCCAAUACUGGCAAUACUGGCAUUGAUCGCUGUGGCUGGCUUUCUCUACAGGAGACGCAUUACAAAACAGAGGAUGGCUCUACCACCGCCGUUCAAACCCCCUCCUCCUCCAGUCAAGUAUACGGCUGCAAGACACCAUGAGGUUUCAGCACCGCCUUUCCUCACUUCAAGGUGUAACUCGGAAACAGAAUUCAUGGUUAAUAUGAUAUGAUAUGAAACAAAUUAUUUCUAAUGCCUAAUGACGGUUGAUAAAUCACAUACAUUUAUUGUUUGGAUAUAGUGUUAGCAAUAUCCUGUCUUGGUGACAUGCAGAGUUACGAGCUGUUUUACUUUACUUUUAACUUUACUUUACUUAAUUUACUUUCUUUUAUUCUUCAAGAAAGUAAAUA